AAUAUAUGAACACAUGAAAGGAAGUUCAUUCUGAUAAUUCUGAUGCCUGAAAUGUAACUGGACUGAAGAGUAGAAAAGGAAAAAAAUCUAGUGCCGAUAUUAAUUACAAUGGCUACCGAUUCAGGGGAGCCAGCCAGCACAGAAGAUUCUGAGAAACCUGAUGCAGUUUCAUUGGAAAAUGUAGUUCCUCAGGUUGCUGCAGCUUUGACAGUGGAAGCUAGACUAAAGGAAAAAAGCGGUACUUUCUCUGCUUCUGGGGAAACUAUAGAAAGGAAGAGAUUUUUCCGAAAGAGUAUUGAGAUGACGGAAGAUGACAAAGUUGCUGAAUCUUCCCCCAAAGAUGAGAGAAUAAAGACUGCAGCAGAUAUUCCCAGAGUAGAUAAACUUACUACAAACGUACUAAGAGGUGGGCAAGAAGUUAAAUACGAACAGUGUUCAAAGACAAUUUCAGAAUCCUCAAAAGAUUGUUUCAAGGAGAAAAAUGAAAAAGAAAUGGAAGAAGAAGCAGAAAUGAAGGCUGUAGCUACGUCUCCUAGUGGCAGAUUCCUGAAAUUUGACAUAGAGUUGGGAAGAGGAGCAUUUAAAACAGUAUAUAAAGGACUGGACACGGAAACAUGGGUUGAGGUUGCUUGGUGUGAGCUGCAGGAUCGGAAGUUAACCAAAGCUGAGCAGCAAAGGUUCAAAGAAGAAGCAGAGAUGUUAAAGGGUUUACAGCAUCCCAAUAUAGUUCGAUUUUAUGAUUCCUGGGAGUCUGUAUUAAAAGGAAAGAAAUGUAUUGUACUAGUGACUGAACUAAUGACAUCAGGAACCUUAAAGACGUACUUAAAACGAUUCAAAGUCAUGAAACCAAAGGUCUUAAGGAGCUGGUGCAGGCAAAUUUUAAAGGGGUUGCAGUUCUUGCACACUAGGACUCCUCCUAUUAUUCACCGGGAUCUAAAGUGUGACAAUAUUUUCAUCACGGGACCCACUGGAUCUGUGAAGAUUGGUGAUCUAGGACUAGCCACCUUAAUGCGUACAUCAUUUGCUAAGAGCGUUAUUGGUGAUUAAUAUUUUAUAAUUUAUUGUUUGGGUGAAGAGAUAUUUGUCAAUUCUAAGGUCUAGAAGAGGGAUUAGGUCUCAAAUCUAUAGGUCUAGAAGAGGGAUUAGGUCUCAAACCUGUUUUUGUAAAUAAAGUUUUAUUGGAAGACAGCCACACCCAUUAUCUUACAUAUUGUCUAUGGCUGCUUUACCAAAAGGUUGGCAGUUCAAAUCCACCAGGUGCUCCUUGGAAACUCUGGGGCAGUUCCACUCUGUCCUAUAGGAUUGCUAUGAGUUGGAAUUGACUCAACGACAAUGGUUUUUUUCAGGAUGGCUGCUUUUGCCCUACAAUGGCAGAGUUGAGUAGUUGUUUCAGAGACCAAAGCAACGCUUAAAAUAUUUACUCCCUGGUCCUUAACAGAGAAUAUUUGCUGGCCCCUGGCCUAGAAUAAGGAGCCCUUUUGGCACAGCGGUUAAAGCACUCUGCUGCUAACCAAAAGGUCUAUGGUUUGAACCCACCACUUGGUCCACUGGAGAAAGAUG